AUGCCCGACUGUCUUCCUUUCUUUGUGUCUCUGCCUGUCUUUGUCUCUCUUCACUUCUGUCUGUCUACCUCUCUCCUUUCUUUGCCUGCUCUCCUCUCUCUGUAUUUCUGUCUCUCUUCCUCUUUCUGCGUCUCUGCCUAUCUUCCUCUCUUUGUUUCUCUGCCUGUCUUCCUCUCUCAAUAUCACUUCCUGUCUAUCUCUCUCUGUGUCUCUGUCCGUCUUCUUCUCUCAGUGUCUCUGCGUGUCUUCCUCUCUGUUUUACUGCUUGUUUUCCUCUCUCUGUUGUCACUGCCCGUCUUCUUCUCUCUUUGUAGCCGCGCAUCUCCUUCUCUCAGUGUCUUUGCCUGUCUUCUUCUCUCUGUGUCUUUGCUUGUCUUCCUCUCUCUGUGUCUUUGCCUGUCUUCCUCUCUCUGUGUCUUUGCCUGUCUUCCUCUCUCUGUGUCACUGCCUGUCUUCCUCUCUCAGUGUCACUGCCUGUCUUCCUCUCUCUCUGUGUCUGUCCGUCUUCUUCUCUUAGGGUCUCUACCUGUCUUCCUCACUGUAUUUCUGCCUGUUUUCCUCUCUCCAUAUCUCUGCCUGACUCCCUCUCUCUGUGUCUCUGCCUGUCUUUCUCUUUCUGUGUAUCGAUCUCUGCCUGUCUUCCUAUGUGUGUGUGUCUUCCUCUUUCUGUCUCUUCAUUAUGCAUAA